UAUAUUCCAUCAAUGUUAUUGCAACCUCGUAGGAGAAGUAGUGUUUGAGUGAGGGGGAGCCAAAUAAGAUAACAAACAUCAUAGUACAUAGAGAUGGCUGGUCCAAUGAGACCUCAAAUUGUGCUAUUUGGCUCCUCCAUAAUUCAGAUGAGUUUUGAUAAUGGUGGUUGGGGUGGUAUCCUAGCUAAUUUGUAUUCUAGAAAGGCAGACAUAAUUUUGAGGGGAUACUCGGGUUGGAAUUCAAGACGUGCUUUGGAGGUUCUUGAUGAAAUUUUCCCCAAGGAUGCUUAUGUGCAACCUUCAUUAGUAAUUAUUUACUUUGGUGGGAAUGAUUCAAUUCACCCUCACCCAUCUGGCCUUGGUCCUCAUGUACCCCUUGAAGAAUAUGUUGAAAAUAUGAGGAAGAUUGCUAACCAUCUAAAGAGUCUCUCAGAUCAUAUUCGCCUCAUAUUUCUAACCUCUCCUCCCAUCAGUGAAGUCCAAAUUCGAAAAAAACUCAGUGCAACACAAUCCGGAAGAACAAAUGAACAUUGUGGAAUAUAUGCAAAGGCAUUGGUGGAAUUAUGUGACGAGUUGAAUUUAAAGGUCAUUAAUCUCUGGUCUGCAAUCCAACAAAGGGAUGAUUGGUUAGAUGUCAGCUUUACGGAUGGAGUUCAUCUAUCAGCUGAGGGAAGUAAGGUAGUUGUGAAGGAAAUAUUAAAAGUUCUUAGAGAAGCAGAUUGGAAGCCUAGUUUGCAUUGGAUGUCACUACCAACUGAAUAUGCAGAGGAUUCACCAUAUUAUCCUCCAAGUCCAGAUGGAACCACCACUAUAAAUGUGUCCUAUAGUAUCCCUCGAAGACAUUUACAAUGGGAUUUAUAGAAAUUAUUCUUUGCAUUUAUGUGUGGUGUGGUUUCAUUCAUCAAGCAAUAAUUGAAAGAACAAAAAAACUUUGGUUAUUGGUAUUUUUAUUUGCACUUUACUUUGCAAAGCAUGAAAGAAAAUCAAUUAUGUGGGCCCUUGAGGAAAGUUUUCUUUUCAUACUUUAAAAUAAUUAUGGGAAGAGUUUUUUCACGUUGUGAAAGUCCUUACUCGUUUCCUUUGUUCAAGAGCUUGUUGAUUUGAUUAUUAUGUGUGUUGUAAUUUUUCUGUAAUAAUGUACCAUUAAUUAUUCAAUAUAUUCAAAUUUGUAUAUCA